AAAAAACAAAAAGGGAGGGAAGAAAGGAACGCAGGGGCAUUGACGGACACUCCCCCGAGUCCCGGCGUUUCUUCCUCCCAAGCAUCACUUCACCAUACCUGACUCGCCACUAAAUUUGUUGAAGGGCUGUCGGCGCGACCAUCUUCCGGCAAUGGCUCAGCCGGAGAGAUCCACCUUAAGGGUCUCAAACGUUCCCGAAUCCGCCGUAGCCGAAGACCUCUUGACCUUUCUCAAGUCCAAAUUGGGUCCCGACUCCGUCUUCGCCAUCGAAAUCUUCACCGAGCGAAAGAACUGGAAAUCGCGCGGCUCUGGUCGCGUACAGUUCACCACGCUCGGGGCCAAAUCCAAAGCCCAGUCCCUCUCCGUUCAAAACAACCUCGUCUUCAACACCCACAACCUGAGAUUCUCCGAGACCAACGAUGACAUUAUUGUGAGGCCAAUACACGCCAGAAACAGGACCGAGAACGGGGUUUUGCAUGUGGGUUUUAUGCUGAAAGAGGAUCACAUGAGUGUUUUGGAGUCUUGGGAAGGUGUAAAAGCUUGGAUUAUGCCGGAGAGGAGGAGGGUGGAGUUCUGGAUAUGGCGCGAAGAUGAGUGCUAUAAGCUUGAAGUGAUGUUUGAGGAAAUUCUCGAAACUACUGGAUAUUGUUUAGGAGAUGAGAAAUUGAACGCACUUCUCCUAAAGCUCAAAUAUGCGCCGAGAAUAUAUAAAAAGAUUUCUGGAUCAAACAUGGCUUCCAAAUUCAGCAGCAGUCGCUACCGUCUAUGCAAAGAAGAACAUGAUUAUCUUUGGAUUCGGACAACAGAGUUUUCUUCUCUGAGAUCAAUAGGUCAGUCCACUUCCUUUUGUUGGGAAGUUGAAGAAGAUUUGCAGGCUUCAGAUAUCUUUUCUAGUUUCCCACUUUACAGGGAAACUCCAAAAGAUAUUACAUUAGAGGAUGGUGGAGAAUUUGGCAGUACCUCAGAGGCUGUUCCUCUGAUAAAAUCUGGGUUAGUUUCUAAUCUAGCUUAUGAGGUUCAAUAUCAGCUCAAUUCCUUAGUUCAUAUGCAGAAAAUUAGCCUUGCUGCAGCCAACAAUGAUCUGAUUGAAUUCCUUAGCACUUUAGGUACUGACACUGCGUUGAAUAUACUUCAGAGGUUACAUCAGCUGAAGCUCAUUUGUUAUGAUCCUUUGUCGUUUCUAAAGACCCAAUUACAUGUUCUGAAAAGGAACUGCAAAGUUCUUCCUUCAUUGUCUCAAAAGAGGUUGUCGAAUAAUGUGAUGAACUGCUAUAGAGUUCUUGUCACCCCAUCAAGAAUUUAUUGUUUGGGACCUGAGCUUGAAACUUCUAAUUAUGUUGUGAAAAACUUUGCAUCAUAUGCUUCUGAUUUUAUGAGGGUUACUUUUGUUGAAGAGGACUGGAGUAAGCUUCCUGCAGGUGCCGUUACCACGAGUAUACAGCGAGGCUUACUCUCGAAACCUUAUAGAACUGAAAUCUAUCAUCGAAUAGUGAGUAUUCUUCGAAAUGGAAUUGUUAUUGGAGCCAAAAGGUUUGAGUUCUUGGCCUUCUCAGCUAGUCAACUCCGAUCGAACUCUGUUUGGAUGUUUGCUUCAAGCGACAACUUGAAAGCAGAAGAAAUUAGACAGUGGAUGGGCUGCUUUGAAAAGAUUCGUAGUAUCUCCAAAUGUGCAGCUAGGAUGGGUCAAUUGUUCAGUUCUUCCACUCAAACUCUUGUUGUUCCUACUCAAGAUGUUGAGAUUAUACCCGAUAUCGAAGUGAAUUCUGAUGGUAUUGACUACUGCUUCUCAGAUGGUAUCGGAAAAAUUUCGCUUUCAUUUGCAAGGCAAGUAGCUGAUAAGUGUGGAUUGACUCACAUCCCUUCGGCAUUUCAAAUUCGAUAUGGUGGAUACAAAGGUGUCAUUGCUGUCGAUCGUAAUUCCUUUCGUAAACUAUCUUUGCGUGAUAGCAUGCUUAAAUUCAAAUCGAAGAACAAGAUGCUCAAUGUUACCAAGUGCAGCGACUCCAUGCCUUGCUAUCUAAAUCGAGAGAUCGUUACUCUUUUGUCAACUUUGGGAGUGAAGGACGAAAGCUUCAAGGCACUGCAGCAAGAACAACUACAUCUUCUAAGGAGAAUGCUGACGGAUAAAGUCGCUGCUUUGAACGUCUUGGAAAAUCUGAACGGUGCUGAUUCUAAUAACAUUCUGGUGCAGAUGUUAAACCACGGGUACGAGCCUAAUAUUGAACCGUACCUCUCAAUGAUGCUUCAAGCACACUAUUGGAACUUGUUUUCUGAUUUAAGAAGUAGAUGUAGAAUAUUUGUUCCAAAGGGCCGGAUCCUCCUCGGGUGCUUGGAUGAAACUGGUAUUUUAGACUAUGGCCAAGUUUAUGCCUGCAUAACCUUGUCAAAAUCCGAGCUUCGGGACAGGAACCAGAACUACUUCCAUAAGAUAGACGAGACGAAAUCGAUAUUGCUCGGGAAGGUAGUUGUUACAAAAAAUCCAUGUCUUCAUCCAGGAGAUGUAAGGGUUCUUGAAGCUAUUUUCCAUGUAGAACUAGAGGAGAAGGGAUUGGUGGACUGUCUUAUAUUUCCUCAGAAAGGAGAAAGGCCACAUACAAAUGAAUGUUCUGGUGGUGAUCUUGAUGGAGAUUUAUAUUUCAUAAGUUGGGAUGAGAAUCUGGUUCCGCCCAAAACCGAAGCACCUAUGGACUAUACGGGACGGAGGCCACGUAUAAUGGAUCACGAUGUGACACUAGAGGAAAUUCAGAAGUUUUUUGUUGAUUAUAUGAUCAAUGACACAUUAGGUGCCAUUUCGACUGCACAUUUAGUUCAUGCAGACCGUGAACCGAAGAAAGCCCUAAGCUCAAAAUGUUUAGAGCUGGCUGCGCUGCACUCAAUGGCAGUUGAUUAUGCAAAAACCGGAGCGCCAGCGGAGAUGCCUCGAGUUUUAAAACCUAGGGAGUUUCCAGAUUUUAUGGAGAGAUUUGAUAAACCAAUGUACAAAUCCAAUAAUGUACUAGGAAAACUCUACAGGGCUGCGGUUAAGACGAUGGAGCAAGAAAGGUCAAGACUUGUGUGGACAGAGGAGACUGCUACAGCAAUUUAUGAUCAUGAUCUUGAAGUGGAUGGCUUCGAAGCUUUCCUUGAAACAGCUGAAAGUUUCAAAGUCAUGUACAUUGAAAAAAUGAGCAUUUUGAUGAACUACUAUGGGGCAGAGUAUGAAGAUGAGAUAUUGAUGGGCGAUCUUCGAAGUCGAGCAUCGUAUCUGCAACGUGACAAUCGCAAGUAUGGCGAUAUGAAGGAUAGGAUCUUGCUUUCGGUUAAGUGCAUACGCAAGGAGGCCAAAGAAUGGUUCGAGAAUAGCUGCGCCCCACAUGAACACAAGAUGAUGGCCUCUGCAUGGUAUCAUGUAACUUAUCACCCUUCCUACUUCAAACGAGAUAUGUUCUACUUCAGCUUCCCAUGGAUUGUACAUGAUGUUUUACUCAACAUAAAGGCAAUGAACUCCAAAAGACGUGAAGCAGAAAAGAACUUGUAGCUUCUACCUGUUUGUAACCCAAACAUGUCAUUAAGCUUCUAUCUUUCUUAAUCUAACAGCAAUAACAUUGUUUCCUUUGUCUUUGUUU